AUGCUUUGGUCAGACUGUUGGAGGCAAGUGUAUCAACAGAUCGAGAAGGCAGGGGACAAAGGUGCCUGGAGCAAAAGCCUCAAAGAUCAGACGAAAUUGCAGCAGCAUACCAUCACCAAGGCAACGAAAGAACUGAUCAAGUUGCAACUCAUCAAGGAGGUCAAGUCAGUUCACAACCGGAACAGGAAGGUCUUCAUGUUGUAUGACUUGGAGCCAAGCAAAGAAGUCUCUGGAGGUACCUGGUACAAAGAUGGCGAGUUCAACAGCAGCUAUGUAGAAACCCUGCGGGAACACUGCCUGGCCUUCUUGGCCCAACACCCGCGGCCGGCCACCCAAGCCGACCUACAUCGCUACGUCAUGCAACAUCCGGGACCUCAAAUUCCAACCGAGGAAGAUAUUCUUUCCAUCAUGAAGACCUUGGAGCUGGACGAAGAUGUCACUUCAGUCCGAACUGCUUCCGGGCAGAAAGUCUUUGUGAAGAGACGCGCAGGUCACUUCCAAAGGCCUUUCGACAUCUUUGCGGCGCGCUUGCCCCGCUUCCUUCAACCGGCUGGCGAGAUGGAGGGAAGCAUGGUCGUCCCGUGCCUGUGCUGUCCCCUGCGGAAUGAAUGCAAGGCGCCCCUUUCCGCAGCGGCCAAACGGCGGAAACCGAGCCGUUUUGGAUCGAAACGGAGCUUUGGAAGGGACACCUCUGCAAUUGUUCAGUUACUUCUUCUGUUCUGCGACGUUGAACGUGAUCUGAAUGCGAGCUGCAACGGAAAACAAACGUGGCUUGUGGAAGAUGCACUGGAGUGA